GUUGGCGCACUCUCCUACGGCUAUACGCGAAACAUAAUGAUAUUUCGCUUACGCAAGUGAUCCUGUUCAUUUUACGCUUCCGACAACGGGUUAUGCCCGAAUAAGGACGUCCAGCGAAGCCAGCGAGUGUCCGAAAGCGACUGUAUGUUUUUACCGUCUACAGCUUCCGAGUUCAUCGAUGACGUUUUUCACCGACACUGCCGAGUGUGUUUUUUUACUUCUUUACCGUAUCUUCUGUGUACAAAUUUGUUUUCUUUUCUGGGGUGCCAAAACCAGUCUGCAACUCGUGUCGUGACUCAGCAUUUUCCGCACCCACCCUAUCGCAAUUUGGUCUCCCCUUUUCCUCGUUCGCCGCGUCGCCUUCUUUCCACAGGCCGGGGCGUCUACUGAGUUUCGUUGUUCGGAUGUCUUGUUUUCUAGGAAGACUGGUUGACGUUUAGAGGAAAGGCAACUCACCUUCCACGCGUCAACUUCUGGGACGUCGCGAUUGUGAACAGCGUUGGUGUCGGGCAGGAUAGCGCACUGAGCGCGUUUUCUUCAUGGCAUUGGGGGAUCUUGUAAGUAGUUUUGAGGUUCUCUGCUCAGAAAACUUUUCUCUCGAACUCAGGCUGUUUUCUGCGAAGGGGGCGGUAUCGGCUAGGUUCAUUUCGUGGUCAACGUAAGGUAACGGUGUGAUCAGAGCAACAACGUCUGCUGCGACAGAGCGCUGCGGACGCCUCAUACUUCGAGGGUUCUCGGCAUUUCUUCUUCAUUUCGAAGACGCUGUCUCACUACCCACAGCCAGCGUAUUGGAAGAGUGACCACUACGAAGCUGCGCCUACAGCAUACUUCUCGAAAUAGGGAAACAGUUCGUGGUACAAGGGCACUGCAAUAGCCAUGGCUUGGUUGUGGUCGUGUUAGUAUUUCCUUCUGUAAGCGACACGAUGCAGUAAGCCCUUUUACUACGUUGUCUUAAGCGGUUCUGCUCAGGUGGAGUGCGAGAAUGUGUGGAUCUGGCUUCAUCGGUAAGAGGUUGUGCGGUGGAUGCUUGGCAGAAGUGCUCGACAGCCUUAGGUCAUUCUUUUGCCAUCUUGGUGAUAUGAAUAAUGACGAAGGUGUGUCAUUCUCCACUUGUCUUAUGGUAGUUUCGCUUGGUACUAUCUGCAGGGUUUGACGAAAACGUAACGGGGAACACCGUCAGGGAAUUAUCGUGUGCGCCCAGAGGAGGUUGGCCACAAGGAGCCAUUGUUUUUGCAUUGUCAACAAAUCUGAACCCUGUAACAAUUUUUUCCCCAUUUAAUGGGUGAAGGCUGUCCUUGUGGGGUUUUAAGCUCUCUCGCUCGUUUUUGCUUGUAUAGUGUGUAUCUGCCCAGUUGCUGCAUUGUCUGCAGAUGCGACUCUCACGUGAUUCUCAGCUGUGAGUCGAGUAACUUGCACCACGAAUCGUACGCUUCGGUCCUACUUUCACUUUUGUGCAUGCACACUUAUGUGUGCGGGACUUGCACAUGUAUCUGUACAUUUCGUGUGCAUAUAGGUACGCGAUCGACACAGUUUUGCUGCCUAUCGGGUGCGGUUUCAUCUUGUGUGUUUUCGAGCGUGAUCCGACGCAGGGUCGCAUUCACAGCUGGCGUAGGGGAUUCGAUUUCUCCAGUUUCUCUUCAUCUGUAAGGGCUACUUGUGUGAACUUUUCGGAGACAGUUUGAUGUAAUAUCGGUCCUCUUGAGGUGCUUUGCAUAUUUGGCACAUCGCCGGGCAAAGGUCGAGAUUUCCGCAUGGAUGUAAAUGUGGCAUCAUGUCGACUGAAAGAAAAAGCAAGUCGACACUGCGCACUGUGGGGACUCUCUUCCGGGGACUGAGCAGAAAAGAGAACACUUCGGAGGGAACCCAGCGCGUAACAGUACCAAGUACCGCUUUACCGUCGGACAGCCAUCGUGGAAGAAGCUCAGGCCGCUCUCCGACUGGACCUGGGGCUCCAGAAUUAGGUACCCAAGAGGCAACAGCAGGGACGCGGGCGUCAGGCUUUGGCACCGGGGCGUGUACCCCGCAGGUCCCUCGGUCCUGGAAAGGGAAACGCAUGAGGCGAAGUCGCCAUGGUGUCGCCUCCCACGUCAGGAAGGUCUUGCGCAUGAGAGGGGGGACUGUAAAGCCAGAAUAUGCCAACGUCUUCCUUAUCCUAGGGUUAUAUGAUGGAGAAUUGAUUCAAAAUGGCUACGUCUGUCUGCGAGCAGCUGACGUAACUGACUGGGGCGUCGAGGGUGCCCCGCACGCGGCCGCUCACGAAGUUGUGGUAAUAGGUGUAAAGGCUGCUGUCAAGCCUCCGACGCUGACGGAGGAGAGACGAGCAGUGAUUUACCUCCGAGACUACUUGGCUAGCCAAUUGACCGGAUACCCCUUCCUCCGCCACUGUAUUCUGGUGAACAAGAGAAAUCGACGCAGUAGUAAUUCGAAUGUCUACUAUUCAGUGUUGGGGACAGGCCAAUACAUGGCCAUUGUAAACGCUGCGACUCAGGUGGAUGGUAUGGCUCCCCUCGAAGUUUGCGUUGUACGUCGUAGUGGAGGCCCUCAGUUCGAAAUGGCAGGGACCAGCCACCGGUCUAUUGUAGGCAGUGUCGUUGGCACGUUGCGUUCUUCUGUGAGAGAGCUGGGUCUCGUCACCACUGACUAAAACAAGACACGCACGAGAGGAGGCAUAAAGAGAAGCGGAGCUGCCCUUUCUGCUUAGUUGUCUCAAGCUGUCCAUCAGUAUUUCUAGCUGCCGGCUGCCUCGGAGCGAGCGGUUGUGUGGUCCACAAGGUGCCCGCGGCAGUUGUCUUUUUGCGAGUAGACGCACAGUUAUCUGGUGAGGGAUGUUCUUCAGUGUCACAGCUAUGUGGGGACGCUGGUGUGCGGUGAAAGUGAGCAGCGUACGACGCUUGUGACACUAGUUGCAGAGACAUUGAGGGUGAUACGCAGCAGGUUUGAGAUGGAGAGUAGCCAGGACAUUUUUUCUGUCUUAGCGUUUGGAUCAGAGCGCGUCUAGUAGUUUCUGCAGAUGGGACACCGACAUCUGUAGAAAUAGAUACUGCGCGAGCUGUCGAGCAGCUGUAGAUGGCAUGUCGUCGGUCUAUAUGGAGCGCACUCGGGGCCGCUGUUUGAGUUUGAGAUCUCCACCAGAUGUUUGGGGACGUGAAAUUGCGUUGUGUUGGAACUGGAUGGCAGUCUACCGUGAGGGGUUGCAGGCCAUAACUUUGGUUCCUCUGUGACAUCUCAGCAGGGGCUGAUUGCCAAACUUCCUAUCACUGGAUUUCUAAUAUGAGUGUAGUUUC